GGCUUAUCUCCUUCAAAAUAAACCCAAUAAUUUGAUUAGUAUCAUCCUCCUCCAAUCCUUCUCCGUUCCUCUCAUCCCAUUCAUGGGAGGAACACAUCUUGAUUUAACAUUGUAAGUUUUUGAGAAGCCCGGCCCCCGCCUUUUCCUUCUGGAAAAGCAAUCGCAGGGCUCUCAAGAACUAAUAAAAAAUAUUUAAGAAAAGUUCGAAAGAGAGAAGAGAAUAUAAAAAAGAAAAGGAUUCUCUUGUAGUUUUUCUCCAUUUUCUCAUUCUUUAGGCCCGUGUGAUUCGAACAACAUGGCCGACGUGUCUCUAGAAGAGAUCAAGAAUGAGAAGGUGGACCUUGAGAAAAUACCCGUGGAUGAAGUGUUCGAGCAAUUGAAAUGUACGAGGAAAGGGUUGACGAGCGAGGAGGGCGAGAAGAGGCUCCAGAUCUUCGGGCCCAACAAGCUCGAGGAGAAGCAAGAGAACAAGUUCCUCAAGUUUUUGGGGUUCAUGUGGAACCCUCUCUCAUGGGUCAUGGAGUCUGCAGCUAUCAUGGCCAUCGUAUUAGCCAAUGGAGGAGGCAAGCCCCCAGAUUGGCAGGAUUUCGUCGGUAUCGUCGUCCUGUUGAUCAUCAAUUCCACCAUUAGCUUCAUCGAAGAAAACAAUGCUGGCAAUGCUGCUGCUGCUUUGAUGGCCAAUCUCGCCCCCCAAGCUAAGGCACUGAGAGAUGGGAAAUGGCAAGAGGUGGAAGCAGCAGUGCUGGUUCCAGGAGAUGUGAUCAGCAUCAAACUGGGCGAUAUCGUCCCAGCUGAUGCGCGUCUCUUGGAAGGAGAUCCUCUGAAGAUUGAUCAAGCUGCACUCACCGGAGAAUCUCUUCCUGUGACGAGGAGUCCCGGUGAUGAAGUCUUCUCCGGCUCAACUUGCAAGCAAGGUGAGAUUGAUGCCAUCGUAAUUGCCACCGGUGUGCAUACCUUCUUCGGCAAGGCUGCUCAUCUUGUUGAUAGCACCAAUAAUGUUGGCCACUUCCAACAGGUGUUGACAUCGAUCGGUAACUUCUGUAUCUGCUCGAUUGCGGUGGGUGUGAUCAUCGAGAUUAUCGGGAUGUAUUUCAUUCAACACAGGCAGUACAGAGCAGGAAUUGACAACCUGUUGGUGCUUCUCAUUGGAGGGAUCCCGAUCGCCAUGCCCACAGUUUUGUCCGUGACAAUGGCUAUCGGGUCUCACCGGCUCUCAGAGCAAGGCGCCAUCACUAAGCGAAUGACUGCCAUUGAAGAAAUGGCUGGCAUGGACAUACUCUGCAGUGACAAAACUGGGACACUCACCCUUAACAAGCUUACAGUCGACAAAUCCCUCAUUGAGGUGUUCCCAACGAGAAUGGAUGCCAACCACCUAAUCUUGCUUGCUGCCAGAGCUUCCAGAGUCGAAAACCAGGACGCCAUUGAUGCCUCAAUUGUUAAUAUGUUGAGCAAUCCCAAAGAAGCAAGGGCAGGGAUCAAUGAAGUCCAUUUCUUGCCAUUCAACCCUGUUGAAAAGCGGACUGCAAUCACUUACUACGACAGCGAUGGCGAAUGGCACAGGGCAAGUAAAGGCGCACCUGAGCAAAUCAUUGAACUCUGUGAUCUCAAAGGGGAAGUCAACAAGAAGGCUCACAAGAUCAUUGCCGACUUCGCCGAUCGCGGCCUUCGUUCUUUGGCUGUUGCUUAUCAGACGAUUCCAGAGAAGAAUAAGGAAAGCGCAGGAUCAGAAUGGGAAUUCGUUGGGCUGCUGCCACUCUUUGAUCCUCCAAGGCAUGAUAGUGCAGAAACAAUCCGACGAGCGCUUGAACUUGGAGUUAGUGUCAAGAUGAUCACCGGCGACCAGCUUGCUAUUGGGAAAGAGACCGGCCGACGCCUUGGCAUGGGCACAAAUAUGUAUCCUUCAUCUGCCCUCCUCAGCGACAACAAUGGAUCCUCCAUGAACAUCGACGAGCUCAUCGAGAAAGCUGAUGGGUUUGCCGGAGUCUUCCCUGAGCACAAGUACGAGAUCGUGAGGAGGCUUCAAGACAGACAACACAUCGUCGGUAUGACCGGAGAUGGAGUUAACGAUGCUCCAGCACUAAAGAAGGCCGACAUAGGAAUCGCCGUUGAUGAUGCUACCGACGCUGCUCGCAGCGCCUCGGACAUCGUCUUGACGCAGCCAGGGCUGAGUGUCAUCGUUAGUGCUGUCCUUACAAGCAGAGCCAUCUUCCAGAGAAUGAAGAACUACACCAUCUAUGCAGUUUCCAUCACAAUCCGUAUUGUGUUUGGAUUUCUCCUGGUUGCCUUGAUCUGGAAGUUCGACUUCUCUCCUUUCAUGGUUCUGAUCAUUGCCAUCCUAAACGAUGGCACGAUUAUGACCAUCUCGACGGACAGGGUGAAGCCUUCCCCGGUGCCCGAUUCAUGGAAGCUCAAUGAGAUCUUCGCCACUGGGAUUGUUCUUGGAUCUUAUAUGGCAAUUAUGACAGUCUUCUUCUUCUGGCUUGCCGAGGACACCGAUUUCUUCACGAACACAUUUGGGGUGAAAUCAAUUAGAGGAAGUCAUGAAGAGCUUACAGCAGCACUUUACCUUCAAGUCAGCAUUAUCAGCCAGGCUCUCAUCUUCGUCACCAGAACACGAGGCUGGUCCUUCUCUUACUCCGAACGCCCCGGGAUUUGGCUCGUCGUCGCCUUCCUAAUUGCCCAAUUGGUGGCCACCAUAAUUGCCGUCUACGCGAAAUGGGACUUCGCCGGAAUCGCCGGAAUUGGGUGGAGAUGGGGCGGAGUCAUCUGGCUGUUCACCAUCGUCACUUACAUUCCUCUCGACAUCUUGAAGUUCCUCAUCCGCUUCGCGUUGACAGGGGAGGCCUGGGAAAAUUAUCUCGAUAACAAGACGGCUUUCACGACGAAGAAGGACUUCGGCAAGGGCGAGAGGGAAGCUCAAUGGGCGGAAGCGCAGAGAACACUCCACGGGCUUAAGAAAACAGAGUCUCCGACCGCCGCGGCCGCCGCCGAUAUGCACCGGUACAGCGAUGCGGUGUAGGUGAAGAUGGCGGGAGAUUUAAAGUGGAGGAGGAGAAGGAGGGAAAAACAAAAUUUGUGGGGAUUUUGGAUUGUUUAGUGAAAAAUGGAAAAAAAAGAGGUUAAACUUGAAGGGAGAUCAUUCCAAGCUAUAUUUAAAAUAUUAUUAAUUUUCCUUAUUUUUGCUAUUGAGAUAUUGAAAGUAAAAUUAAUAUUUGGUUUAGUUCUGAUUUUGAAGAGUUUUCAAUUUUCAUUCAUGUUAGGUAAUGGAUGGUUGGGUAGGGUCUUGCAGCUCAUGGGAGGCUGAGAAUGUAGAUCUGGAAAUUGGAGAAUUUAAUAACAAAAAAAGGACUAAUUACAAAAUUGACAAUAUCAUAUGUCCUCACUUUCAAUGUUUUGAUUUUCUCCCAAUAUCUUGUUGGCAAAAAUAAUGUAAGCAAUGAAAAUUUAUGUGAAUUGAGCCAUUGGAUUGGACUAUAACUGGUUUGAUUUGUUUUUUAUUCGAUUCGAGUUUGAUUUUUAGAUUGUUUGUAUUUUAAAAAAUAGUGAGAAAAUAUUGUUUAAAUUAAAAUAGGAUCGAACCAUAUCAAACCAAAAUAUUAUUGUACAAUGAUUGGUCCUCUCGUUCUUCAAAAAAUAUAAUUUAGGUAGUAAUUCUCCUCACCUAACGUAUAAGAAAAUUAAAUUUUAUUC